CUUUUUCCCUCUUUCUUUUUCUCUCCCUGUCUUAUACACAUAUAAAUAUCAUUUACAUAUAUACCUCAUAACCUAGGCUAAUGACAAGAUACCAGCAGCUUUCUACCAAAGAUGACAUCAAUGAAAUAAACCACCUGGAUACUCAGCCAAAUACUUUUCAAACUGAAUUGGAAACAACAUUUAAUGAAUCUUUGGGCGACGAUCAACAUGGUCCUGUUACAACUGAAUCUCGUCUUCUCUUACCUUUAUCAUCAGCACCCUCCUCUUCCAACUCUACAAGGUUCACUCGUCCUUUUUUUCCCCGUCGGCCAAGGUUGUUCUCCACCAAUGAUGGCGUAUUUGCAAACAUGUCAGCCAAACCCGAAUUAGAAAAGGAAAGAGAAGAAGAAACGCCUCCAAGUUACAAUGAUGCUGCUCUUGAUGUGACACCACCUUAUUGGCAAACGACAGUGAUUGCUCCUAUGGGUAUGGGAGAUAUGAUCCUUGUGGAAGGGUUACCUGUAGGAUCUAUCUUUGUCUUUUUUUGGAAUUUAUUAGUCUCUGCAUCUUUUCAGUUUAUAGGCUUCAUUUUGACUCAUCUUCUUCAUACUUCUCAUGCUGGUAAAAAUGGAUCACGGGCUGGUCUUGGUGUGUCUCUUGUUCAAUUUGGAUUCUAUGUUCGUAGUCAUGGUUCUUUGGAUGGUCUAAGUGAUGAAGAUGAUCCUGACGAUGAUGAUGGUGAUAUAAUAGAUGGGAAUAUGGGUGCAGAUAUAGUGGCCUAUUUUAUUAUGGUUCUUGGCUGGUUUAUCAUUCUUCGUUCAGUGUCCGAUUACCUGAAGGCAAAGCAUAUGGAAAAAAUUAUCAUGACGGAUCCAUCAACGACGGCAACUCUGGUUAUAGAUAGAACUGUUUGAUUAUAUUAUUUUAUAUACCAAUUAAUUCAAUAAAGAAUGCAAUUAUUAUUAUUUUUAUAUAUACAAUUAUAAA